AGAACAUAUGAAUCACCUAAAGGCAGUAUUCCAAAAGAUAAAAGAAGCCGGACUGACUCUGAAACCAAGCAAAUGAAAUCAGAAUGUCGGUCAUGUGGAGCAUUGAAUUUGUCCUGGUUGUCUUGGCAAACUUGGUUGUGGAUUCCAAAAGCUUUCAUUCCUAUGAAGCGAAUCCAUUCAAAGCAGAGAACUUCGCUCCAAGCCUUUCCGCAGAGAAGGCAGACAAAGUCAUGACAGAGUUCCAAGAGAAAACUGAUGACAAGUUGAAUGAAUUGGAAGACGAAAUUAAGAACAGUCAGAGCCUGGCGGAGUCGAAAAUAACUAUCCUGGAGACAGAAAUGAAAAAACUUGCAAACGACACCAAGUCAGCUGUAGACAGCCAGCUGUCCAGUGUCAGGAAAGUGAUGGAUAAGAUAGCGGAGGUGUGCCCAAACCCGUUGUCCAUAAAAGGAGGAAAAGUACUGAAGUCGGCAGGACGCCUUGUUGGUGCCCAGGUGCAGUUCCAGUGUACCGAUGGCGUAAAGCUAGCAUUCACGUGUCUUGCGACGGGAGAAUGGGACACCAAAUCUCAGUGUUCACAGACAUAUUGGGAAAAUCCUCCACUUGGCGCGUACGAACUUCCCAGUACAUUUGGCCCCGGGUCAGCAGUGACGUUUAUUGCCGAGCCCUUGGGAACAGGACACAUGUGGUCCAUCUUUGACUUCAAGAAAAACGGAGAUGAUAAAGCGGACAUACUGUUACAUACGUCUAUCCGAACAAGGACAAGAACGAUAGUAAGAAACUCUCGUCAGAAUGGCCAUUACGGACGUGAAGAAAGGGCACAUCUGUCACCUUUCGACAUCAAAGUCGGACAACCCUUCAACUUCACUGCAGUCCUUGACAAAAUUGGAUAUACGGGAUAUGUCAAUGGUGAUCAUUACUUCGACUUCAAGCACAGAGUCAAGGAAAUGCCGCAAUACGUGGCACUUCGUGGACAGAUGAAGGUGAACAGCAUGAAAGUCCGGAUCUAGGAUACGUCCUGAAUAUUGAGGAAUCAAAAAGUUCUUUCUCCAUCACACAAUUUAUCUCUACAGCAGAAGUUUAGCUACAUAUGAAAAGUGUUUUUGUGUUUUUGUAAGAGAAAAUAUCAUCGAGGAGGAAAGUCUUAUGAUCUUAUAAAGUUACACCUAUAUUAAAUAUUCUUCACCACUUCACCGUAAAAUUUGCAUUAAGCAAUUAAAUCUUGUAAUGAGUGAGAAAACCUUA